CUUCGCGGCGGAGACAAUGGAAGCGCCGGAGGGAGGGGCGCGCGGGCCCGGGAACAGCCGCGGAGCGUCCGCGGGUUCGAAUCCGCCUCGGUUCACACGCCGGGAGAAGCCGGAGGGGAGCGGCCGGGGUUUGUGUGGGAUUUUUUUCUUCCUUCCCUUUGCUUUUUAAUUUUUCCCCCUUUUUGUUUUGCAACGAUUUCUCACCUUUGCAAAGGCGAGGCGGCCGAGAGCGGUUGGCUCCCGCGUGCUGCUGCUGCUUCCUUCUGAUCCUCCAUUUUCAAAUUGGGAUUUUAUUAAUUUUUUUCCCUUUUUUUUUUGCUCCUGAUUUUUUUUUUCCUUUCCCUCCCCCUUCUCUCUCUUUUUUUGCAAUUGCAUGGAAAGCGGAAGGAGACGCCCUUGAGAGAGAAAUUGAGAGACAGCGGCGGUUUUAUUAUAAUUAUUAUUUUAAAAAAAUAGAAAUUGGAAAUUUGCAAGCAGUUUGGGCGUUCGGGCCGGAAGGGAACAAAAGCCAGGGGAGGAAGAGACCCGAAAAGGCGAAUCCCUGGUCCAGCUGCCUUCAUUUUGCACCGCCCAGCCCGGAGCAACAGGAUCGCACCCAAGCUGCUGCAAUGCUAGCUUCCUGGAUCCGGUCAGCCCGGCUGUUGUAGAUUUUGAGACCCAGGGCCUGCCUGACCGCCAAGGACGGGACUGGGGGUCUGGCCCCCAGCUGCUGAAGGCUUUCCACGCCUCCAGGAUGCACCACCGCUUUUGGGACUGAGUCGAUCAAACGGGGAGGCGUUUCUCCGUCCUGGUGACGGUCUGGUCACUUGCCACCGAAUUGGUGUGCCCGCCUCUUUUUUUCUUCUGAGACGCGCCCAGCCCGCCGAUCAAAAUAGAGUCCCUCAAGGCGAAGGUUGACUUCCUGAAGGUGCCGCUCGCCCUCAAGAAGCCCACUCUGAAGGAGGCCGCGGCCGUCUUGGCGACGGGCCCCGGGAGACCCAAGUCCGUCCACGGGGAGCGGCUCAAGGCCCGGCGUUCCGACAACAUGGACAACGAAUCCCAGUACUCGGGCUACUCCUACAAGUCCGGCCAUUCCCGCAGCUCACGGAAGCACAGAGACCGGCGAGAAAGGCACCGUUCGAAGAGUCGCGAUGGCAGCCGCGGAGACAAGUCCGUCACCAUCCAAGCGCCCGGGGAGCCCCUGCUGGACAACGAGUCGACACGGGGAGACGAAAGGGAUGACAACUGGGGCGAGACCACCACGGUCGUGACGGGCACCUCGGAGCACAGCAUCUCCCACGACGACCUGACGCGGAUCGCCAAGGACAUGGAGGAGAGCGCCCACCUGGACUGCUCCCGUCACCUGGGGGUCUCGCUGGGCGGGGCCCUGGCCCUCCUGGCCUUCCUCACCCCGCUGGCCUUCCUCCUCCUGCCCCAGCUGCUGUGGGGGGACCAGCUGGAGCCGUGCGGGACCCCCUGCGAGGGACUCUUCAUCUCCCUGGCCUUCAAGCUGCUGAUCCUCCUGCUGGGCAGCUGGGCCCUUUUCUUCCGCCGGCCGCGCGCCUUCUUCCCCCGGAUCUUCGUCUUCCGGGCCCUCCUCAUGGUCCUCGUCUUCCUCCUGGUGGUCUCCUACUGGCUCUUCUACGGCGUCCGAAUCCUGGACUCGCGCGACACCAACUACCAGGGCAUCGUCCAGUACGCCGUCUCCCUGGUGGAUGCCCUGCUCUUCGUCCACUACCUGGCCGUGGUCCUCCUGGAGCUGCGGCAGCUCCAGCCCCACUUCACCCUCAAGGUGGUGCGCUCCACCGACGGGGCCAGCCGCUUCUACAACGUCGGCCAUCUCAGCAUCCAGCGCGUCGCGGCGUGGAUCCUGGAAAACUAUUACCACGACUUCCCCGUCUACAACCCGGCCCUCUUGAACCUGCCCAAGUCCGUCCUCUCCAAAAAGAUGUCCGGGUUCAAGGUCUACUCGCUCGGAGAGGAAAAUGCAACAAAUAAUUCAACUAGCCAGUCUCGGGCAGUCAUUGCAGCCGCCGCUCGCCGGAGAGAUAACAGCCACAACGAGUAUUACUACGAAGAGGCGGAGCAUGAGCGCCGGGUGCGAAAGAGGCGGGCCAGGCUGGUGGUGGCCGUGGAAGAGGCCUUCACGCACAUCAAGCGCCUCCAGGAGGAAGACCAGAAGAACCCCCGGGAGAUCAUGGACCCCCGGGAGGCGGCCCAGGCCAUCUUCGCUUCCAUGGCUCGAGCCAUGCAGAAGUACCUGCGGACCACCAAGCAGCAGCCCUACCACACCAUGGAGAGCAUCCUUCAGCAUCUGGAGUUCUGCAUUACCCAUGACAUGACCCCUAAGGCCUUCCUGGAGCGCUACCUGACGGCCGGCCCCACCAUCCAGUACCACAAGGACCGCUGGCUGGCCAAACAGUGGACGCUGGUGAGCGAGGAGCCGGUGACCAACGGCCUGAAGGACGGGGUGGUCUUCGUCCUGAAGCGCCACGACUUCAGCCUGGUGGUGAGCACCAAGAAGAUCCCCUUUUUCAAGCUGUCGGAAGAAUUUGUGGACCCGAAAUCGCACAAGUUCGUGAUGCGGCUGCAGUCGGAGACCUCGGUGUGAGCCGCCGGCCGGAGACGCCUCGGAGGGACUCGGGUGCCGGGAGGGGCACGGCCUUCGGCGAGGUGGGGAAGACGCGGCCGGGGGGGCGCUCCCGAUCUCUCCCCCCCCUGUUGCUGCCACCAUCCCGGGGUCUGGGAGAAGUCACCGAGUUUGGUGAAGAAGCCACCUUUCUUUCGAGUUUACAAUUUUUUUUGGUCUCCCCGUCUCUGGAUGUCGGUGUUUUAACCACUCAACGUGUUUUCCCUUCUUUCCUGUCCACGCGGUCUUCACCCUCACGCCCCCCCCGGGCCUUCCUGGUUUCUCCUCGUCCAAGUCACAGUUUUCGUAGCACACUUUUUCUGGAGCUUGGGAAGAGGUGUCUUCGGGGGGGGGGAAACGUUGGCGCCUCCGAACAACACGGUGCCAAAUCCUAAGGGCUAAUUCCGUUUUGACUCGCUUCACCAGCACCUCCAAACGCCGUAGGGUUUGAGGAAACCUUUUUGAAUGUGUUCUCUUUUAAAACACACACACACAGAGAAGCCAAUUCGCCUCACAAGUCUGGCCUUCGAUAAACUCGAUGCUGUUGUUCGUUUCUCCUUCUCUGUCCCUCGUUCUCUCCGUCCUCGAGCCUCCGGCUGGACUUGCACAAAA